AUGGCUACGGCACGGGUUCUGCUUCUUGACAGGUUGGCAGCGGAUAUGGAGGGUGAACGUCAAAGAUACCACUCCUCGCCAGCACAAGCGAAUAUGCAAACUCGCGAUGUCAUUUCAAGUAACGAAAAGGAUGGUAAAACGUAUGAAUCUACGUUUCGGAGGCUCUACAAAUACUUUUUAGAUUGGAAGUCUUCGUCUGAAGUCUUUUCUUCUCCCUCACAUCACCAUCACCAUCACCCGUCACCGAGCAGCUUUACGACUUUAUUUCCUUCAAAAAUCAGAACUUUAGUUUCGAAACAGAAGUCUUCGGAAUAUCUGUUUUCAGAUAAGUCUGAAAAGAUGGGAAAUCCGAGUUCUAAGGAAAAUCCUACGAUCUCGAAAUCAUCGGGGGAAAUACCACACCUCCCUCUUGAGAUUCAGAUUCAAAUUCUUCAAACCCUUACAUGGAAGGAACAAGUUCGUCUUGCAUCUGUAUGUAAGACUUGGCGUUCAGUAAUCAUCGACUGGAUCGUCCCCCAGGACUUUAGAUCCCCCACCGGGAAUACAGUUCUAGGACCAUAUAUUGUCAACCCACUUCUCGAGCAGCUACGAUGCGAAUUGGGUUCUUCUGUCCUAUCAGCUGAGACUAUGGUAACUGAAAAGGGAGAGUCUAUUUUAGACCAACCUUUGUGUUACCCAUCGACCACACACUUAAUCCUUAGAGUUUCGGACCUUCGAACAGAUGGUCUAGAACCGGCUGUUGACGACUGUAUUAAUGUAUUCUCGAACCGAUGUUGUGAUCGCAAUGUUCGGAUUAGAGAUGCACUCACGGCGAUGGAUAAGUUCUAUCGACAAGUCAACGAGGAUCGGGUUAUUGGGGAUUAUAAGAGCUGGAGGUCAUGGAAGUUCUUGUUAGAGACUAAUAGAUGGUGGAGGAGGGGGUUUGUUGGGUUAUGUGGGAAAUGGGAGUGGAAGGAUGGGAGGUACUUGAUCUUCUUUGUGGAGAAGAUCGAGGGAGCUUGGGAGAGGGAUUUUACGAAUUGA